GUAAGAAGAUCAGUAUUUACAUAAAGUCUGGUCAGUAUAUUCUUCAGUUGGAUUCUGACCUUCAUCCUGCGUUCACCUAUCUCCUUCUCAACCCCUGAUCCAGAAUGAAGUCAGUUGUUCUCUCACUUGCACUCUGUUCCUGCAUUCUAGCAAUUGAGGCACAGAGAGACCCAUUGCCUGGGACUUACAGGAUGGUCUCAUCUGAUAGGUUUGAUGACUAUCUGCAAGCUCUGGGUGUGAACGGAUUAGUGCGUAGUAUAGCUGCAGGAAUAGUUCCAACUAAUGUUAUUGAGAUUGAUUCUUCAGGGAGAUAUACUGUUAGGACUUUGACACCCCUAAGAAAUUCUGAGAUUUCGUUCCGGCUUCAGCAGCCUUUCGUUGAAAACACUUCAGAUGGUAGAAAAGUUACAACAGUCGCUACACGCUCCGGUAAUGUGUUGACCCUAAACCAGCGAGGGAGUGGGGGUCAGAAGAGCACAACGAUUGUGAGAGAGAUAAACGGUGAUACAAUGAUCAACAGGCUCAUUGUAGACAACGUGACCAGUGUCAGAGUGUUCAAGAGAAUCAACUAAACACGUGACGAA